AAUGUAAUAUAUUAAUACAAUAAUUAGGGAUAGUAAGGUUUACUUUUAGGGUGAAUAUAAUUAGUAUGGUGAGAAAAUUGGUAGAUGGGAAAUUAUUUUUAUGGAUUAAAAGAUGUAUUUCUAUAUUUAUACAAAUAUAAAACUAAAGUGGUGGAGGAAUAUAUGAUACAUAAAGCUUCAAAGUUGGGAAUUGGGUGGUAUUAAGUGAUAGAUUUUAAGAGUUGUUCUUUAUAUUAUUUUUAACUUAGUAAGAGUUAAGUCAUUUAUCAUGGAUAAUAUAUAAAAGGCAAAAGGUUUGGUAGAUGGGAUAUUAGUUUUAAAGAUGAAAGUUUUGAAAAGCCUGAACGGAUGUUUAAAAUAAUUAUAAAUUAUUAUUUUAGUGGUGGAGGAUUAUUUAAUGAAUAUGGUCAAAAAUAUGGAAAAUGGACUGAAAUUAGUGAUAAAUUUGAUGAGUAUUUUUUACAUUUAUGACUUUCUUAGUGAUAAUUAAUUCAUUUUUGAAGGCUAUUAUAAAAAUGGGAAGAAACAAGGUUUAUGGGAUCUUUGUAACAAUCAAGAAUGGAUGUAAAAUAUAUAUAUAUAGAUUAUAAAUUAGUUAUAUUGGAGAAGGAAGUUUAUGAUCAUGAAAAAUUUUUAAAAUGGAAGAUGGAUAGAUAAUAAUUAUAAUUUGGAUAGUAAUGAUCUUGAAUUAAUAUCAUUUAAAGUCUUAAUAAUUAAGUAAUUUUUGAAGGUUUUUAUUAAAAUGGAAAAAGAAUUGAUAAAUGGGAU